CUGGGGUACAGCUUUAGGCUCGGGGAUCGAGAAUGCGUCAUCGAUAUCCCUGCCAGUGUCUCUGAGGAAAUGGCCAAUUAUGAUAUUCGGUCAUGGAGCUGCUCGCGCCUGAUGUAUUCCGCCGUUUGUGGCGAGAUGUCCUCGUGUGGAUACGUCGCAAUUGCAAAUUGAACAUCAAGACGACACCAGCCCCAGCUCACGCAUUACUGCCGAGGGCAGACUCCAAAGAGACUUUGCGAACGGCCUUUUGUGGCGAGAUAGCCUCGCGUGGCUACAGUCCAAAGAGACUUUUACGAACGACCGUUCCAGUAUCGUCGCUUGUCGAAGCUUCACAGCCAAAAAAUGAUACCACUAUUCGUCAUGUUCAGCUUGAAGUCCGCAAAGCAAAAUUAGAGCAGGUUACCUGGGCCGUCUAUCGCAUCUCUCAAGGCGAACAAGUACCGCAGGUCCGCUUAUCCAGAGGCGGCUGGAAUCGGAGGCCUUGGACCAGCAUAGAUCCCUCAAGCCCAAUUAUGGCUGAGCCCUUCUUCAAUCUGCUCGCAGUCUUUUUUUAACCCAGGGCAAUUAGCUGCCGCCGCUUCGAACUUCUCCCGUGUGAUUGUCUUUGACCCACCAACGUGAUUGAGUAUAACAAAUUAUCGACAAUCAGCUGAUCGCAUUGCAAGAAUUGUUCCGUGGAAAGGACAGAUAUCUACACCCCUGCUGACCAUCGAUUCUCACUUGGAGCUGAGUUUACUAUACUGGAGGAGGUGGCCGCAAGGGCUUCUUAUUGUCACACAUUCCUUUUGCGUGGUGCGACGCAGCCAGCAUUCAGUUCAUCCCGGAUUCAAUCGGCUUGUAGGGCUUGCAGC